UCUGCAGAGCUCAUAGGCUGAAAAUGAGUUAUGAAGUUAUAGUGCCGCGACCGCACCAUGACAGCAGAGCUGUGGCUCAAAGAGUCCAAGAGAAAAGUUCACCCGCAGAGCUGGAUGUCCCGCAGCCGUCCUCAGGCUCAGCCACCGCGGGGUACCGCUCAGCGAAGUACACCCCGGCUGAGUGGUUCUCCAGCUACAACACCAUCCUGGAUCAGGCCGGUACCGACCGUCACGAAGCCGAGAGCAUCCAGCGACAGUCCAGAACUUUGAGCCAGGACACCGGGAGAGCCACUUCGAAGACCCAGGCUGAUGGAACACGUCUUCUGGGAGAGAGACUACAAGAGAUCCACUACUGGAAGUCUGAGCUGCAGCGGCACAUCGAGCAGCUGCAGGCCGACACAGACGCACUGCUGGCCCUGAAGACGCGGCUGGAGAAGGCUCUGGAUGCCACCGAGACUCCCUACGCCAUCGCCACCGAUAAUCUGACCUGCAGGGCGAGGAGGCUGGGACCGGACCUGGUCCGAGACACCGUGGAGGAGGAGCUGUUAAAGGAAGUGGACUUGAUCAGGAACAUCCAGGCUCUACUGAAGAGAACGACAGCUCAGGUUGUCACUCAGAUCAAGUUGAACAGAGAGGCCAAGCAGACGUUAGAACUGGACUGGUCUGAUAAGUACCAGGCCUACAGCCUCGAUGACCACAGUGGGAGACACAAUAACAUGAGUCCUGAUACACAGCAGCACCCCAGCUCAGCCACCAUGCAGGAGCAGGUGUGUAACCCCUCAUCGUGGACAAAGUUUACACAGGACAACCUGACCAAGGCCCUGGAGGAGGAACAGGCCACCACCCGUCUCAGGGGGUUGGUGGAGCAAAUGCUGCAGGACACAACUGAAGAUCUGAGAGUUCAGUGCUUCAUUGUGGAUCAAGCCUUCAACCAGCGCUGUGUGGAGCUUAUUGAUGCCAAAACCCAGCUGGAGAUGAAGCUCAGUCAGAUUUUGGAGCAAAUUGGAGCCCAAGAGAAGAACAUUGUGGCUUUGCAGCAAGCCAUCGACAACAAAGAGGCUCCUCUUAGAGUAGCUCAGUCCAGGCUGUACCGCCGCUCUCUCAGACCCAACAUGGAGCUCUGCAGGGAUCAACCUCAACUCAGUUUGGAAGAAGAAGUGAGGCAGAUUGAUGCCUCUGUGGCAUCUCUGAACCAGAAGCUGAGCGAGGCCAGAAGCUCCCUGUCCCACUUGGAGGAGUCUCGGAUGGCACUUGAGAAGGACAUAAACUGUAAAACAAACUCAUUAUUCAUCGAUAGGGAAAAGUGUAUGACUCACCGCAAACGAUACCCAACCAUCUCAGCACUGUCAGGAUACUGAACUCAAUAACUUUCUUGUGUCUGUUGAGUUAGUUUUGGUUUUGUUAUUAUUGUAACUUUAAGACUUGUGAUGGUUUUGGCUCCUUGCCUUGUGUUGGCGUGAUCAGAGUGAACAUAAAAAGCCUGAAACAUAACAGUGAAGAACAUUUACUUCCUCGCCUUCUGCUUUUCAUGCUUCAGCUGUUUUUAUGGAGAUCCUGACAUC